CGGGAGCGACGAAAUCCGGGUUGGGAGCGAGCCGCGGAGGCUGGCAGGACUGGAGUGAGGGUCAGGAGCACGUGGCCAGCCCGCUGCCCUGCCUCCUACCCCAGCAGUGCAAGCACCUCGUGGGACCGCUACUCCGCCGAGCACCCCGUAUUGCCAGGGCUCCCCCCAGGCUUCUGAAGAGUAAAGACUGACUAGAGACUGCCUCACUCCAUACUCGACUGCACCACACUCCCUCCCCGGGAUGCUCUGGGCAUGGCUUCUGGAGCUCCACAGAACAGCCGCCGGAUGGCCUGUGGCGCAGAAAUCACAGGCUUCCUGGAUGCAUUCCUCCAAGACUUUACAGCCCCGCUGAGCCCAGAGAGCCCUUUGCCGUGGAAGGCCCCAGGGACAGUGCUGAGCCAAGAAGAGGUGGAGGGGGAGCUGGCUGAGCUGGCAAUGACCUUCCUGGGCAGCAGGAAUGCUCCACCAUCAGUUGCUGAAGCUCUGACCCAUGAAGCCAUUUCCCAGCUGCUACACACAGACCUUUCUGAAUUUAGGAAGUUGCCCAGGCAAGAGGAGGAGGAAGAAGAGGAAGAAGAGAAGCCUCCUGUGACCUUACUAGAUGCCAAAGGCCUGGCACGGAGUUUCUUUAACCAGCUCUGGGAAGUAUGUGGCCAGUGGCAGAAGCAGUUGCCAUUGACUGCCCAGACCCCACCACGGCAGUGGCUGGUCUCUAUCCAUGCCAUCCGGAACACUCGCCGCAAGAUGGAGGAUCGGCAUGUGUCCCUUCCUUUCUUCAAUCAUCUCUUCGGCUUCUCAGACCCUGUGGAUCGUGCCUACUUUGCUGUGUUUGAUGGUCAUGGAGGCGUGGAUGCUGCAAGGUAUGCCGCUGUUCAUGUGCACGUCAAUGCUGCCCACCGGCCACAGCUGCCCACAGACCCUGCUGGAGCCCUCAAGGAAGCUUUCCAGCUCACUGAUGACAUGUUUCUCUGGAAAGCCAAGAGAGAGCGGCUGCAGAGUGGCACCACAGGAGUAUGUGCUCUCAUUGCCGGAAAGAGCCUGCACAUCGCCUGGCUCGGGGACUCCCAGGUUAUCCUGGUGCAGCAGGGACAGGUGGUAAAGCUGAUGGAGCCACACAAACCUGAGCGACAGGAUGAAAAGGCACGAAUUGAAGCACUGGGUGGCUUCGUGUCCUUCAUGGACUGCUGGAGAGUCAACAGGACCCUGGCUGUGUCUAGAGCUAUUGGGGACGCCUUCCAGAAGCCAUAUGUGUCUGGGGAGGCAGACGCAGCCUCCCGGGAGUUGACGGGCUCUGAGGACUACCUGCUGCUUGCCUGUGAUGGCUUCUUUGAUGUGGUCCCCCACCAGGAAGUCGCUGGUCUUGUCCACAGUCACCUGAUCAAGCAGAAGGGCAACGGGCUCCAUGUUGCUGAGGAGCUGGUAGCUGAGGCCCGAGAGCGGGGCUCCCAUGACAACAUCACAGUCAUGGUGGUCUUUCUCAGGGACCCUCAAGAGCUGCUGGAAAACAGGAUCCAGGAGGCAGGGGACUCCCAGGCAGACAGGAGAAGCCAAGACUCGCCCUUUGGCCUCUCAGAACUUGAGAUCGACACUACACAGUGAAACUAGAUGGUCUAGACCCCCCCCCCCCAGCUCCCCAAACCACCCCUUUUCACCCUUGUGACUCUCCCCUUCAGAGGCCUUAGGACCUGACAGGUAGUUGUGGGCAGGGAGUGCUCACUACACAGCACUUCCCCAGCACCCAAGUUACUCAGGGUGCUUGCUACAGCCUGUCCUAAUGACCUCAGAACCACAUCAUUCAGCAGGUGGAUCUCAGUAGAAAGCAUAGGAAAA